UCCCAGCUAGACCCCUUCUGGGUUCUGUAGAUCUCUCUUCUUUAGUCCUUACAGAUAUUUUAUCUUCCACAUACAAGACCAAGAGAGAAAUUCUUGGUUUUUUCUUUGUUAUUGAAUCGUUAGUGCCAUGGUAAAGAUCAAGUUUUGGGCACUAAGAAGUCUGUCAGCUACUUUUUCAAGAGAAUUUUAAGCUAGUUAUAUAUAUAUAUAUAUGCUCUAGAUUAUACAUAAACGAAAGUAUCUGUACAUUCUUGUAAUCCUUUUGCAUUUGCAUACACCGUUAUUAACUGUUUGUCCUCUUGUUGUGAAAAUUAGCUCUAGAUUAACUUUUUUUAUCUAUAGAUUUUCUGGCUAUUGAUCCGUGUUUAUUUGAGAUCAUCCCUCAAUAUCUUCUUCAGCUUUAGAUUCGUGCUCUUCUUAAGAAGCUCUCCUGAAUCUUUGCUAAUCAUCUUCCAUGGAGGCAAUACUGUUGCAUUCAUCACCAGAUCAUCAACAACUUUCACCGUACAAAUCCCACAUCAAAGAUACUACCCCCAAAAGAGGCACCAAUCGUCCUCCUUUCAUUUCAAGACCAAUCUCUGAGAACUUCGCUCCGAUAAUGAACCUGCAAGAUACUGGUCUUUUCCAGCAUCCUCCGCCAUUUCACCAUCACCUUUCCUACUCCUACCCUCCAUUUUCAUUCCAACGACGACAACCACCCCUUCUCCCUCUCCCCAUCUCCGCUACUACCAAACCAAAUAACACUACAAAUACUACUACCCAAGCCCCUCUAGCCAGAGGCCUCUCUUGCCCACCAACCACCAGAAAGGCCAAUAAUAAGAAUGUCAGAACUCGAGACUCAUCUCUAACCCCCAAGAAAUCCAAAACCAUUCACAAAAAGGAACAGAAUUUGAAACCAUUGGGACCAGACCCCCAGAAUCUUCCCAAAAGUGUUCCAAAGAUUUUGACUUCAUUAUCCGGUGAUAUUACCGCUAUUAGUGUUAGUAGUACUAAUGAGUUUAGCUCUUUUGAUGCCUUGAAAGAUCAGGUCGACGAGUUCUCCGGAUCUGUGGCGUUCAGUGCGAUCUCUCCUCCACCAAGCAGCUUGCCUUUGCCCACUUUUUCAUUGAGGCCUAAGCUCAGCUGCAACGCCGAGGCUGCAGGAAUAGAUGCCGGAGCAACAGACAAUCUUCGGCGACUUCUUCGACUUCCUUAGUCCAUAACCGUAGCCUUAAGAGUCAAAUAGACUACUGAGGCGGUUAUUCGGUGUUCGGAUACAAAAAAAAAGGUUGUAGAAAAGCUGCAUGCUCUCUUUGUUGGAUUGGACCCAGAGUUUCUUUUGGCUCUCCUCCUCUACCAUGUCUCCCUUUCUUUUCUUUCUUUUCUUCUUGUUUACUUUUUCUCCCCCUACAUAUGGCUUCUGUAAUUUUGUGAUCACCGCCUGUAUUUUUUGAGAUGGGGUGCACAAGAAGCAAGCAAGACGCAAGGCCAUAAAUUAGGAGUUCAUCAGGGUUGGUUGGUUGGUUUGUAUUUCCUUUUGAUUUUGUUGGAAAGUUUAUGAAUAAUACAGCCAUAAUGCAAGCUUACGUCCUCUUUGUUCGCUUUGAUUA